AUGUCCACCCGCAAACCCAUCCUCAUCUCCGGCGCAGGCCUCGCCUCCCUCCUCUUCGCCCGCUCUCUCCUCCGCUCCCGCAUCCCCUUUCUGAUCUUCGAGCGAGACCAGUCCAUCUCCUUCCGCGCCCAAGGUUACCGCCUCCGCCUCUCCAAGGAAGGCCUCGACGCCAUCGAAGACAUCCUCGGCCCUGAACCCAACGGCUUCCCCAGAUUCUGGGAUCGCUGCGGCAAGACUGGAGGAUCCAAAGGUUUCGCUGGAAUCGACGCACGUACUGGUGAAGACAUCGCCGAAAGUGGCAGGCCGGACCCUAGUGCGGCGAAACCUUCUGGGAAGGAAGUGCUGCAGAGUCGGGAUGGGAAGACGAUUGGGAUUUCGAGGGGAGAGAUGAGGGCGUUGUUCUUGGAGGGGUGUGAGGAGUUUGUUAAGUGGGGGCAUCAAGUUACUGGUUAUGAACUCACUGGGAACGGCGUCAAGGCGAUCUUCAAGGACGGGACGAAAUCAGUCGAAGGAGAGAUGUUGGUCGGUGGCGAAGGCAUCUACUCCCAAGUCGCCAAGCAGGUCUCCAACGGCAAGAUCAAAACCUACGACACGGGAGCCCGCGGUAUCCACGGCCAGGCUCCCACCACAGCCUUUGAAGAUCUCGGCGAGGGAGUCUGGCGUGUUGUUGACGACUCCAGACCUGACGGUCGUGUCUUCAUGAUAACAAACGUCCGACCCGGCGGUAUGGACGAUCCGAACAACCAAUUCGGCUGGACGCUAGGUGGACAGCCUGGUGUGAUCAAACCUCCCAACAACGAUUUCGCCAUCGUCGGCAAGCCCGCUGCAGAUAUAGCGAAAGAUUUGACGAAGGACUGGCAUCCGCGACUCAAGCCGUUGUUUGACCACAUGGACGAGCAGAAUGCCGCUUUUUGGAAGAUUACUUGCUCGACGCCGUCUGGAGUACCGGAGUGGCAGAAUGAGCCGCGAGUGACGGUGAUUGGUGAUGCUGUGCAUAGCAUGACACCCGCAGGCGGGAUUGGUGCUAACACAGCCGUGCGAGAUUCUGCACUGCUUGGUAGGUUGCUGGCAGAAGCAGGCGGGUGGAAGGAAGGUAUCAUAGCAGCCUAUGAGAAGGAGAUGAGGGUUUAUGGAAGUGAGGCUGUGGCGACAAGCUAUGGUAUGGCGACGUCACAGUUUGGCGUGAAUAUUGAGGAAGGAGUGUCGCCUACAGUCGGGUGA